AUGCUGCUUCCUGUCCUCCUCUUUGGGAUGCUGUGGGUUCUGGCUGAUGGGCGGUGGUGUGAGUGGACAGAGAUCAUCCACAUGGAGGAGGAAGUAGCCCCCCGUCAGGAGGACCUGGUGCCCUGCACCAGCCUCUACCAUUAUAGCCGCCUCGGCUGGCGUCUGGACCUGCCCUGGAGUGGCCACACGGGGCUCACCAGGUCCACAGCACCUGGGCUCUGUCCCAUCUACAAACCCCCUGAAACCCAGCCUGUCACCCAGAACCGGACAGUGAGGGCCUGCUGCCCAGGCUGGGGGGGCACACACUGCACUGAUGCCCUUGCUAAAGCCAACCCCGAUGGCCUCUGCUUUGCCACGUGGCAGUGCCAGCCUCUGGCAGGCUCAGCUAAUGCUUCGGCAGGAAGCCUGGAGGAGUGCUGUGCCCGGCCCUGGGGACACAGCUGGUGGGACAGCAGCUCCCAGGUCUGCCUCCACUGCUCCAACAGACACCUCCCAGGGGAUGCCUCCUCUGCAGCCCUCCUGCAGCCCCUUGCAGGGGCCGUGGGCCAGCUCUGGAGCCAGCGCCAGCGACCCUCAGCCACCUGUGCCUCUUGGUCAGGCUUCCACUACCGCACCUUUGAUGGACGCCACUACCACUUCCUGGGCCGCUGCACCUACCUGCUAGCGGGUGCUGUUGAUUCCACCUGGGCUGUCCACCUGGUGCCCGGAGGCCACUGCUCCCAGCCUGGGCACUGCCAGCUGGUCCGGGUGAUGAUGGGCUCCGAGGAUGUGCUGAUCCGGGGUGGUGCCGUCUCUGUGAAGGGACAGCUGGUACCCGAGGGGGAGUCGCGGCUGCUCCACGGACUGAGCCUGCAGUGGCAAGGGGACUGGCUGGUGCUGUCUGGGGGCCUCGGGGUCGUUGUGCGGCUGGACAGGUCCAGUUCAGUGUUGGUCUCCGUGGACCAUGAGUUCCACGGACAGACACAGGGCCUCUGUGGACUCUACAACGGCCGGCCGGAGGACGACUUCACGGAGCCGGGCGGGGCGCUGGCUGUGCUGGCUGCCACCUUCGGGAACUCCUGGAGGCUCCCUGGCUCUGAGCCUGAGUGUCCAGACGCGGUGGAGGCAACCCAGGGCUGUGAGGGCCUCGUGGAGGGUGCAAAGGCAGGCAUGGAGGCUGGCCAGCUGCGGGCUGAGGCCCGGGACGUGUGCCACCAGCUGCUGGAGGGGCUGUUCAGCCAAUGUCAUGCCCAGGUCCCUCCUGAUGAGUACCACAACACCUGCCUCUUUGCCUACUGCGCAGCAGCUGUGGCGGGCAGUAGCCAAGAGGGCCGGCGGGAGGCUGUGUGUGCCACCUUUGCCAACUUUGCCCAGGCCUGUGCCAGGCAGCACAUCCAUGUGCACUGGAGGAAGCCUGGCUUCUGUGAGCGCCUGUGCCCGGGAGGCCAGCUCUACUCCGACUGCAUCUCGUCCUGCCCAGCCAGCUGCUCCACGGUGGGCCAGGGUGAGGAGGGGCCCUGCGGAGAAGAGUGUGUGAGUGGCUGUGAGUGCCCGUCCGGGCUCUUCUGGGAUGAUACCCACUGUGUGCCUGCUGCCCACUGCCCCUGCUACCACCGGCGCAAGCGCUACGCCCCUGGCGACACUGUGUACCAACGAUGCAACCCAUGUGUGUGCCAGGAUGGCCGCUGGCAUUGUGCCCAGGCCCCAUGCCCUGCUGAAUGUGCAGUAGGUGGCGAUGGCCAUUACCUCACCUUUGAUGGACGGAGCUUUUCCUUCCGGGGUGACCCAGGCUGCCGCUACAUCCUGGUGCAGGCUCACACUCGGGAGCAACUGCUGAUCGUGCUGGAGCACGGGGCCUGCGACGCUGGGAGCUGCCUCCACGCCCUCUCUGUCUCCCUGGAGGACACCCACAUCCAGCUCAGGGGCUCAGGAGCUGUGUUGGUGGACGGGCAGGAUGUGGGCUUGCCCUGGACUGGCACUGCGGGCCUCAGUGUCUCCCGAGCCUCUUCCACCUUCCUGCUGCUGCGUUGGCCUGGGGCCCGGGUCCUCUGGGGAGUGGCUGACCCUGCGGCUUACAUCACCUUGGACCCCCGCCAUGCCCACCAGGUGCAAGGUCUGUGUGGCACCUUCACCUGGAACCAGCAGGACGACUUCUUGACGCCAGCUGGCGAUGUGGAGACCAGCAUUGCUGCCUUUGCUAGCAAGUUCCAGGUGGCAGGUGGCGGCAGGUGCCCUCCAGAGGACAGUGCUCUGCUCUCCCCCUGCAGCACCCACUCCCAGCACCUUGCUUUCGCGGAGGCAGCCUGUGCCAUCCUGCACAGCCCGGCCUUCCAGGCAUGCCACAGGCUGGUGGACAGGGAGCCCUUCCAGCUGCGCUGCUUGGCAGCCGUGUGUGGCUGUGCCCCUGGGAGAGACUGCCUGUGUCCGGUGCUCUCUGCCUAUGCACACCGCUGUGCCCAAGAGGGUGCCCUGCUGCUCUGGAGGAACCAGACCCUCUGCCAUGUUCCAUGUCCUAGUGGCCAGGAGUACCAGGAGUGUGCCCCAGCAUGUGGCCACCUCUGCGGGGAGCCAGAGGAUUGUGACAAGCUGGGCAGCUGUGUGGCUGGUUGUAACUGCCCCCCGGGGCUGCUGUGGGACCCUGAAGGCCAGUGUGUGCCCCCCGGCUUAUGCAACUGCCAACUCGGAGACCAUCGCUACAGCCCUGGCAGUGUCACCCAGAAGGACUGCAACCGCUGUGUCUGCCAGGAGCGGGGCCUCUGGAACUGCACGGCUCACCACUGCCCCCCACAGCGGGCCUUCUGCCCCCAAGAGCUUGUCUAUGCCCCCAGCGCCUGUCUCCUCACCUGCGACAGCCCUAAUGCCAACCACUCCUGCCCUUCGGGUAGCACUGACGGCUGUGUCUGUCCCCCGGGCACCGUGCUACUGGAUGAACACUGUGUGCCUCCUGACCUCUGUCCCUGCCAUCACAGUGGGCAGUGGUACCCGCCUAAUGCCACCAUCCAGGAGGACUGCAACACUUGUGUGUGCCGGGGCCGGCAAUGGCACUGCACGGGCCAGUGGUGCAGCGGGCGGUGCCAGGCGUCAGGCGCCCCCCACUACGUGACCUUUGACGGGCUGUCCCUCACCUUCCCUGGGGCCUGUGAGUACCUGCUGGUACGAGAGGCUGGCGGCCGCUUCAGCGUCUCUGCUCAGAACCUGCCCUGCGGGGCCAGCGGCCUCACCUGCACCAAGGCCCUGACCGUGCGUCUGGACAGCACCGUUGUGCACAUGCUCAGAGGCCGGGCAGUGACAGUGAAUGGGGUGACCAUAAGGCCCCCCAAGGUCUACACAGGCCCUGGCUUGAGCCUGCGCCAUGCUGGCCUCUUUCUGCUGCUGACGACACGCCUGGGCCUCAGCCUGCUCUGGGAUGGAGGUACCCGGGUCCUGGUGCAGCUGUCCCCUCACUUCCGUGGUCGUGUGGCUGGCCUGUGUGGAGACUUUGAUGGCGAUGCCAGCAAUGACCUGCGGAGCCGCCAAGGAGCCCUGGAGCCCACGGCUGAGCUGGCGGCCCACUCCUGGCGCCUCAACCCCCUGUGCCCCGAGCCAGGAGACCCGCUGCACCCCUGCACCGUGAAUGCCCACCGGGCAGCCUGGGCCCAGGCCCGCUGCGGGGCGAUGCUACAGCCGCUGUUUGCCUCGUGCCAUGCGGAGGUGCCCCCGCAGCAGCACUACGAGUGGUGUGUGUACGACGCCUGCGGCUGUGAUUCGGGGGGUGACUGUGAGUGCCUCUGCUCAGCCAUUGCCACCUAUGCGGACGAGUGUGCCAGGCGUGGGCACCGUGUGCGCUGGCGCAGCCAGGAGCUCUGCCCCCUGCAGUGCGAAGGCGGACAGGUGUACGAGGCCUGCGGCCCUGUGUGCCCCCCCACCUGCCAUGACCACCGUCCUGAGCCUGGAUGGUACUGCCAGGCCGUCUCCUGCGUGGAGGGCUGCUUCUGCCCCUCGGGGACUCUGCUGCACGGAGGAGCCUGCGUGGAGCCAGCUGCCUGUCCCUGUGAGUGGGGUGGCAGCUUCUUCCCACCGGGGACAGUGCUGCAGAAGGGCUGUGGGAACUGCACGUGCCAGGACAGUCAGUGGCGUUGCAGAGGUGACGGUGCCUCCUGUGAGGAGCUGGUGCCUCGCUGUGCAGAAGGAGAAGCUCCAUGCCAGCUCAGCGGGCACUGUGUGCCACUGGAAUGGCUUUGUGACAACCAGGACGACUGUGGCGAUGGCUCGGAUGAGGAGGGCUGUGCCACCCCAGGCUGCGGGCAGGGCCAGAUGUCUUGCCGCUCUGGCCGCUGUGUGCCCCUGGCCCUGCUCUGUGACGGGCGGGACGACUGUGGAGAUGGCACGGACGAAGAGGGCUGCCCAUGCCCCUCUGAUUCUCUGGCCUGCGCUGACGGGCGCUGCCUGCCCCUGGCCCUGCUGUGUGACGGACACCCCGACUGUCUGGACGCCGCUGAUGAAGAGUCCUGCCUGGGGCAGGCGAGCUGUGUCCCUGAGGAGCUGCCCUGCAUCGAUGGCACCUGUGUGGGCGCCUUCCAGCUGUGUGACGGAGUCUGGGACUGCCCAGAUGGAGCCGACGAGGGGCCUGGACACUGCCCCAUGCCCUCUCUGCCCAUGCCCCCUGCUGGCACCACGCCUGGCCUCUCCACGGGCUCCCUGGAAGGUGCACCAAGUCCCCUGGGCAGUGCCAGCCCUGCCCCCUGCAGCCCCUCGGAGUUCGCGUGCAGCAGCGGCGAGUGCGCCCCACGUGGCUGGCGCUGCGACCAGGAGGAGGACUGCAUGGAUGGCAGCGACGAGCUGGGCUGCGCCGAGGCCUGCGCGCCGCACCUCGUGCCCUGCGCCCGCGGGAGCGCGCACUGCCUGUCGCCGGGGCAGCUGUGCGACGGCGAGCCGCAGUGCCCGGACGGCUGGGACGAGGACCCGGAAGCCUGCGUAGGGCUGCCGGCCCCAGGAGGCCACAACGGAACAGGUGUCCCCUGCCCGGAAUACUCAUGCCCUAAUGGCAUCUGCAUUGGCUUCCAGAAGGUGUGUGACGGGCAGCCUGACUGCAAAAUGGCCCUGGGGGAGACAGAGCCCUCCCCUGAGGAGCAGGCUUGCGGAGCCUGGGGGCCCUGGAACCCAUGGGAGCCCUGCAGCCAGACCUGUGGGUCUGGGGUGCGGAGCCGGAGUCGUCGCUGCUCCCCACCCGGGCUCUCGGUGCUGCAGCGCUGCCCGGGCCCUGAGCACCAGUCUCAGGCCUGCUUUGCCGAGGCCUGCCCAGUGGAUGGUGCAUGGGGCUCCUGGUCUCCCUGGUCUCCGUGCUCUGAGCCAUGUGGGGGCACCAUGACGCGGCAACGGCAGUGCCACCCUCCCCAGAAUGGGGGCCGGGCCUGCGCCCUGCUGCCUGGGGACCCUCACAGCGUCCGAGAGACCAAGCCUUGCCCUCAGGAUGGCUGCCCCAAUGCCACCUGCUCCGGGGAGCUGGUGUUCCAGCCCUGUGCCCCCUGCCCUCUGACCUGUGAUGACGUCUCUGGCCAGGCCGUGUGCCCACCGGAGCAGCCCUGCAGCAGCCCAGGCUGCUGGUGCCCUGAAGGGCAGGUGCUGGACAGCGAAGGCCGGUGUGUGUGGCCCCGGCAGUGCCCCUGCCUGGUGGAUGGCACCCGCUACUGGCCUGGGCAGCGAAUCAAGGCUGACUGCCAGCUCUGCGUCUGCCGGGAUGGGCGGCCCCGGCGCUGCCGCCCCAAUCCAGACUGUGCUGUGAACUGUGGCUGGUCCUCCUGGUCCCCCUGGGCCGAGUGCCUGGGCCCCUGCGGGAGCCAGAGCAUCCAGUGGUCCUUCCGGAGCCCCAACAACCCCCGCCAGUCUGGCCGAGGUCGCCGGUGCCUUGGCAUCCACCGCAAGGCCCGCAGGUGCCAGGUGGAGCCAUGCCAGGGCUGCGAGCAACAGGGCCGCAUGUGGCGUGUGGGGGAGCGCUGGCGCAGGGACCCCUGUGAGGUGUGCCAGUGUCUGGACCCCAGCGCUGUACACUGCUCCCCCUACUGCCCACUGGGCAGCUGCCCCCAGGGCUGGCUUCUGGUGGAAGCAGCGGGAGACUCAUGUUGCCACUGUGUCCUGCCUGGAGAGAACCAGACAGCACCCCCCAUGGCCACUCCAGCCCCAGCUCCAGGCCCCAGCCCCCAGACUGGACCCCCUCUGGCCACCUACAUCCUGCCCCCACUGGGAGAUCCCUGCUAUUCACCCCUGGGCCUGGCCCGACCACCCAAGGGCAGCCUGAAGAUGUCACCCUCACAGCUGGAGCACCCAACCCACAUGGCCCUCCUGGGGGUUCCCACCGAGGCCCCUGGCCCUGGAGAGGACGCUCAUGCCAAGCAGCAGCCCCAGCCUCCCUACCUUCAGCUGGACCUGCUGUGGGCCCGGAACCUCACCGGCAUCAUGGUGCAGGGCACCCGUUCUUCUGAUGCUCGUAUCCCCAGCUUCUUCCUCCAGUUCAGCAGCGAUGGUCUACACUGGCAUAACUAUCGUGAUAUCCUGCCUGGCACUCUGCCUGUCCCCAAGCCUUUCCCUGGGAGCUGGGCCGACGUGGCCCCCAAGGCCUGGACAUUUGGCCGGAUGGUCCAGGCGAGGUACGUGAGGGUCUGGCCGCAUGCCAGCCACCACGGUGAAGUCAGCCGCAGCAUCUUGCAGUGGGCAGAGCUGCUGGGCUGCAGGCCAGUGUCCCCGCUAGCGCACCCGUGCCCAGGGGCCGGGCUCCGCUGUGCCAGCGGGGAGUGUGCCCCAAGCGGGGGGCCCUGCGAUGGAGCCGCAGAUUGCGAGGACAGCUCUGAUGAGGAGGGCUGUGGGCCCCUGCCCGUGGGCACCGGCGGGGUCCAUCCCACAGCCAGGACCCCAGCCUUCUCUUCCACCCAGCCCUGGGAGGGUCUGGCCGAGACUGGAUAUUGGCAUCCCAAGAAGAAGUCUCCUGCACCUUCUGGGGAGGAGAGACCAGGGAGUCCUGUCGCAGCCUCUGAGCCUCCCCACCCUCGUUCCGAGGAACCCAUGCAGACUGUGGCCACCUCAUCCACACCCGACCUUGGGCCCUUGAGCCAGCAGCCAGGAAUGGCAGCCGUGACCGUGCUGCCCCCACACCCACUGAUGCCGGUGACCCCAGCUGGCCACAACGUCACCCCCAAGCCCUUCCCACCUGUGCAGUGCAGCCCUGGGCAGGUGCCCUGCGAGGUGCUGGGCUGUGUGGAGUGGGCACAGCUCUGCGAUGGGAGGGAGGACUGCCUGGACGGCUCUGAUGAGCAGCGCUGCGUGAGCACAGAGCCCUUCACGGUGCCCACCACAGUGCUUCCUGGGCUGCCGGGUUCGAGGGCCCUCUGCUCGCCAAGCCAGCUCCGCUGUGGCAGUGGGGAGUGUCUACCAGCUGAGCGGCGCUGCGACCUGCACUCUGACUGCCAGGACGGCUCGGAUGAGGAUGCCUGUGUGGACUGCAUACUGGCAGCCUGGUCUAGCUGGAGCGGCUGCAGCCGCAGCUGUGGCCUGGGCUUCACCUUCCAGCGCCGGGAGCAGCUGCGGCCUCCCCUGCCCGGGGGCAGCUGCCUGAUGGACCAGCUGCGCAGCCAGCCCUGCUUUGUGCAGGCCUGCCCAGUGGCUGGGGCAUGGGCAGAGUGGGAGACUUGGGGCCCCUGCAGCGUCUCCUGUGGGGGUGGCCACCAGGGUCGCCGGCGGAGCUGUGUGGACCCCCCACCCAAGAAUGGCGGGGCCCCCUGCCCCGGGGCUUCCCAAGAGAGGGUGCCCUGUGGCUUGCUGCCCUGUGCAGGUGACACAGACUGCGGGCCAGGCCUUGUGCACGUGGAUGCGGAGCUAUGCCAGAAGGGGCUGGUGCCCCUGUGCCCACCCUCCUGCCUGGAUCCCGAGGCCAACGGAAGCUGCACUGGGCAGUGUGUGGAGGGGUGCCGCUGCCCCCCGGGGCUCCUCCUCCAUGACUCUCACUGCCUGCCCCUCUCCGAGUGCCCCUGCCUCGUGGGUGAGGAGCUGAGGCAGCCGGGGUCGUCCUUCCUGAUGGACAACUGCAGCCGCUGCACGUGUGAGAAGGGCGAACUGCAGUGUGAACCAGGCGGCUGCCCCCAGCCCUGCGGCUGGUCAGCCUGGUCCCCCUGGGCUCCCUGUGACCGAUCCUGUGGCCCUGGAGUGAAGGCCAGGUUCAGGUCUCCUUCCAAUCCUCCUGCGGCUUUCGGAGGUGCUCCCUGUGAGGGUGACGGCCAGGAGCUGCAGGCCUGCUACACGGAGUGUGGGUCAGAGACACCGGGCUGGACGCCCUGGACAUCCUGGUCCCCCUGCUCCCAGAGCUGCCUUGUCCCUGGAGGGGGCGCCGGUCGGCAGCGGCGUUUUCGGCUCUGCCCCAGCCCCAGGGAUGCCUGCCAUGGAGAGGCGAUCCAGGAGGAGCCCUGCAGCCCCCCUCCGUGCCCAGUGCAGAGCAGCUGGGGUCUGUGGGCUUCCUGGUCCGCCUGCUCAGCGUCCUGCGGUGGAGGUGUGCAGACCCGUGGGCGCAGCUGCAGUGGUCCAGCCCCUGAGCACCCUGUGUGCCAGGGACCCCAUAGUCAGACCAGAGACUGUAACACACAGCUCUGCACAGCUCAGUGCCCCAGCGACAUGGUGUUCCGUUCAGCAGAGCAGUGUCACCAGGAGGGGGGUCCGUGCCCUCAGCUGUGCCUGGCGCAGGACCCUGGGGUGGAGUGCACGGGCGUUUGUGCCCCCAGCUGUGCCUGCCCCCCUGGCCUCUUUCUGCACAACACCAGCUGCCUGCCCCGCACCCAGUGCCCCUGCCAGCUGCGCGGGCAGCUCUAUGCACCUGGAGCCGUGGCUCAUCUGGACGCCUGCAACAACUGCACCUGUGUCUCUGGUGAGAUGGUGUGCACUUCGGAGCCCUGCCCAGUGGCCUGUGGCUGGAGUCCCUGGACCCCGUGGAGUCCCUGCAGCCGCAGCUGCGAUGUGGGCAUUCAGCGACGCUUCCGGACAGGCACUGCACCCCCAGCUGCCUUUGGGGGUGCUGAGUGCCAGGGCCCCGACAUGGAAGCUGAAUUCUGCAGUCUGCAGCCAUGUCAAGGUCCUGGUGGGGCGUGGGGUCCCUGGACUCAGUGCUCCGUGCCCUGCGGCGGUGGCUACCGGAACCGCACCCGAGGCGGUGGCCCACACGGCCCUGUGGAAUUCUCCACCUGCAGCCUGCAGCCCUGCGCAGGGCCAGUGCCGGGUGUGUGUCCCAGGGGACAGCGGUGGCAGGACUGUGCCCAGGGCCCUGCCUCCUGUGCAGAGCUCAGCUCCUUGGGACAGGCUAACCAGACCUGCCACCCUGGCUGCUACUGCCCUCCCAGGAUGCUCCUGCUGAACAGCGUGUGUGUGCCCACCCAGGACUGCCCCUGUACCCACAGGGGCCACCUUUACCCCGCAGGCGGUGCUGUGCUGAGUCCGUGUGAAAACUGCUCCUGUGUCUCUGGACUCAUCACCAACUGCACUUCCAGGCCUUGUGAGGAGGGCCAGCCCGAAUGGUCUCCUUGGACCCCCUGGAGUGAAUGCUCAGCCUCCUGUGGCCCUGCCCGCCGCCACCGACACCACUUCUGCUCCAGCACCCCCAGUGUGGCACCAUCCAGCCAGGCUCUGCUGCACGCCUCAGCUGCCCCCACACCCCUCUGCCCGGGACCCGAGGCCGAGGAGGAGCCGUGCCUCCUGCCCGCCUGUGACCGAGCAGGGGGCUGGGGGCCUUGGGGACCCUGGUCCAGCUGCAGUCGGAGCUGUGGAGGAGGCCUGCGCAGCCGGACCCGAGCCUGUGACCAGCCGCCACCUGAGGGCCUGGGGCUUUUCUGCGAGGGGCCUCAGGCCCAGGGGGAAACCUGCCAGGCUCAGCCAUGCCCAGUGACCAACUGCACCGCCAUCGAAGGGGCCAAGUUCAGCCCCUGUGGCCCUCCCUGCCCCCACUCCUGUGACGACCUUGUGCACUGUGUUUGGCGCUGUCAGCCCGGCUGCUACUGUCCCCGGGGCCAGGUGCUGAGUGCCGAUGGGACCAUCUGCGUGCAUCCCGGUCACUGCGGCUGCCUGGACCUGCUGACUGGGGAGCGGCACCGUCCAGGCACCCAGUUGGCCAGGCCUGACGGCUGCAACCACUGCACCUGCUUGGAGGGGAGGCUCAACUGCACAGACCUGCCCUGCCCAGUGCCCGGAAGCUGGUGCUUGUGGUCAGAGUGGGCAGCGUGCUCCCAACCCUGCAGGGGCCAGGCAAGGACCCGCUCCAGGGCCUGUGCCUGCCCGACCCCUCAGCAUGGUGGUGCUCCGUGCCCUGGGGGAGCAGAGGCCCAGGGUCAGAGGGAGGCCUGCCCCAGCUCUACCGCAUGUCCAGUGGAUGGAGCCUGGAGCCCUUGGGGUCCAUGGUCUUCUUGCAAUGUGUGCCUGGGGCAGUCCCAGCGGAGGCGAGUGUGCACCCAGCCACCCAGCUCCGAGGGAGGCAGGCCGUGCCCUGGGGCCCAUGAGCAGAGUCGCCCAUGUUGGAAUAACUCCACAGAGUGCACAGACUGUGGAGGUGGCCAGGAUCUACUGCCCUGUGGGCAGCCUUGCCCCCGCUCCUGCCGGGACCUGUCCCCCGCGAGUGUGUGCCAGCCAGGCCCCGUGAGGUGCCAGCCCAGCUGCGGAUGUCCCCCAGGCCAGCUCAGCCAGGACGGGCUCUGUGUGCUCCCAGCCCUCUGCCACUGCCAGUAUCAGCCUGGAGCCAUGGGGAUCCCUGAGAACCACAGCCAGUCAGCAGGGUCUUGGCUCAGCUCCUGGGAAAGUCUGGAACCUGGAGAGGUGGUGACCGGGCUGUGUGACAACUGCAUCUGUGUGGCGGGCACCCUGAAGUGCCAGGAGGUGCCCAGCUGCCCUGGUGCUGGCGUGUGGGGGGCCUGGGGCCCCUGGGAGGACUGCAGCGUUUCCUGUGGGGGAGGGGAGCAGUUGCGCUCCCGGCUCUGCCCCCGACCCCCCUGCCCUGGACUGGCCCGGCAGAGCCGCACCUGCCACACCCAGGUCUGCAGAGACGCAGGCUGCCCCGCUGGCCGUCUGUACCGUGAAUGCCAGCCCAGCGAGGGAUGCCCCUUCUCCUGUGCCCACAUCAUGGGGCAGGUGGCCUGCUUCUCCAACAGCUGUGAGGAGGGCUGCCACUGUCCCGAGGGCACCUUGCAGCACCGCUCGGCCUGUGUCCAGGAGUGCCCCUGUGUGCUGACAGCACUGCUGCUGCAGGAACUGGGAGCCCCCAGCACCGAGCCUGGGACGUCCCCAUUCUUUCUGGGAGAGGACGGUCAGCACUUUGGGCCUGGAGAGGAGUUGGACCCGGGCCAGAUGUUUCGAACCGGCUGCAGGAACUGCUCCUGUGUGCAUGGGAAGCUGUCCUGCUCCCCAGACAACUGCUCCCAGGCUGAGGGCGGCUUUGGCCCCUGGGGCCCUUGGGGCCCGUGCUCCCGCUCCUGUGGCCAGCUGGGGACCCGGAGCCGCAGCCGCCAGUGCAUGCGCCCCACACCUGCUUCAGGGGGCCAGGGCUGCCUGGGGCCCAGACAGGACCUGGAGGACUGCCACAGCCCGGACUGCCCCGGGGCUGCAGGGUCCACGGUGGAGCCAGUGACAGCCCUUCCAGCUGGCUGGGGCCUAUGGUCGCCGUGGUCCCCCUGCUCCCGCAGCUGCACAGACCCCGCCCGCCCUGCGUGGCGCAGCCGCCUGCGCCCCUGCCUGGCUAACUGCACUGUGGGGGAGCCCACACAGGAGCGUCCCUGCAACCUGCCCUCCUGCACAGAGCUGCCCCUGUGCCCUGGCCCUGGCUGUGGGCCAGAGAACUGUUCCUGGACUCCCUGGGCCCCGUGGGAGCCGUGCUCCCGCAGCUGUGGGGUGGGCCAACAGCGUCGCCUGAGAGCGUACCGUCCCCCUGGGCCCGGUGGACACUGGUGCCCGGACAUCCUUACUGCCUACCAGGAGCACCGCUUUUGCAACCUGCGUGCUUGCCCAGUGCCAGGGGGCUGGUCACGCUGGAGCCCCUGGUCCUGGUGUGACCGGAGUUGUGGAGGGGGACGGUCUGUGAGGAGCCGGAGCUGUUCAAGCCCCCCACCCAAGAAUGGGGGUGUCUCCUGUGUCGGCGAGAGGCAUCACAGCCGGGUCUGCAAUCCCAUGCCCUGUGAGGAGGGCUGCCCAGCAGGCAUGGAGCUGGUCACCUGUGCCAACCGCUGCCCCCGCCGCUGCUCAGACUUGCAGGAUGGAGCGGUGUGUGAGGACCACCAAGUCUGCCAGCAAGGCUGCCGGUGCCCCGAGGGGUCCCUGGAGCAGGAUGGCAGCUGUGUGCCACUCCGAUACUGCGAGUGCACAGAUGCCCAGGGCCAUAGCUGGGCCCCAGGGAGCCGGCACCAAGAUGCCUGCAACAACUGCUCCUGCCAGGCUGGGCGCCUCUCCUGCACGGCCCUGUCCUGCCCACCACCCGCCCACUGUGCCUGGAGCCACUGGUCAGCCUGGAGUUCCUGCAGCCACUCGUGCGGGCCUGGAGGACAGCAGAGCCGCUUCCGGUCCUCCACAUCGGGCUCGUGGGCCCCAGAAUGCAGAGAGGAGCAGUCCCAGAGCCAGCCAUGCCCACAACCCCCGUGCCCACCUCUGUGCCUGCAGGGCGCCCGCCCCCGAAGCCUGGGGGACAGCUGGCUUCAGGGAGAGUGUCAGCUGUGCUCCUGUACCCCAGAAGGCGUGAUCUGUGACAACACCAAGUGUGCAGUGCCCAGCGGCUGGACGCUGUGGUCUCCUUGGUCCGACUGCCCUGUCUCCUGUGGAGGUGGGCGCCGGGUCCGCACCCGGACCUGCACGGUGUUGGGCGCUCAGCGCAAGGAGCCACCCUGCCCGGGCUCUGACACCCAAACCCAGCCCUGUGGGCAGCAGCCAUGUCUGCGGCUGGGGGACACCUGUUCCUGGGGCCCAUGGGGGCCCUGUUCUCAUACCUGCGGCCCCGGCCUGACCUCUCGUUCUGGCUCCUGCCCUUGCCCACUAGCCGAGGCUGACCCCACGUGCAAUGGCACUGUCGUACGCCUGGAUACCCAGGCCUGCUACCCAGGGCCCUGCUCGGAGGAGUGCGUGUGGAGUGGCUGGAGCAGCUGGACACGCUGCUCCUGCCAGGUACCUGUGCAGCAGCGCUACCGCCAUCAGGGACCAGCACCCGGCCGGGCGGCUGAGGGACCCCCCUGCACACGGCUGGACGGCCACUUCCGACCGUGCCCCAUCGGCAACUGCUCGGAGGACAGCUGCACGCCGCCCUUUGAGUUCCAGGCCUGUGGCUCUGCCUGUGCUGGACUCUGUGCCACACACCAGAGCCUUCAUCUCUGCCAGGACCUGCCACCCUGCCAGCCUGGCUGCUACUGCCCCAGGGGGCUGCUGGAGCAGGCAGGGGGCUGCGUCCCCCCAGAGCAGUGUAACUGCUGGCACACCUCGGGAGAGGGAGGCGAGGUGACCCUGGCUCCCGGGGAACAUCUGCAGCUGGGCUGUAAGGAAUGUGAGUGCCAACACGGAGAGCUGCGAUGCACGAGCCGGGGCUGCGAAGGUCUUCUGCCUCUGAGUGACUGGUCUGAGUGGUCGCCCUGUGGGCCCUGCCUGCCCCGAAGCACCCUGGCCGCUGCCUCCAGGGCCACUCUGGAGGAGCGCUGGCCUCUGGACACAGCAGGCUUCUUUCCAACCUCGGCUCCCCUGCUGGCCUCAGAGCAGUAUCGCCACCGCCUCUGUCUGGACCCUGAGACAGGAUGGCCCUGGGCUGGAGACCCUCGUCUGUGCACUGCACCCCUGAGCCAGCAGCGCCUCUGCCCUGACCCUGAAGCCUGCCUUGACCCAUGUCAGUGGACUCCCUGGGGGCCCUGGAGCCCCUGCCCGGUGCCCUGCAGUGGGGGAUUCCAGCUGCGCUGGAGAAAGUCAGGAGGCCCUCCUUUAAGAGCCUGCCAGGGGCCUUGGGCUCAGACCAAGAGCUGCAAUAUGGGGUCCUGCCCAGGAGAGAGCUGUGAGACCCGGGGCACCGUGCUCACCCUUGACUGUGCCAACCAGUGCCCUCGUAGCUGUACCGACCUCUGGGACCACGUGCAGUGUCUGCAGGGACCCUGCCACCCAGGCUGCCGCUGCCCCCCGGGCCAGCUGAUACAGGAUGGGCGCUGUGUGCCCAUCUCCUCCUGCCGCUGUGGCCUCCCUAGUGCCAAUGCCUCAUGGGAGUUGGCCCCGGCUCAGGCAGUGCAGCUGGACUGCCACAACUGCACCUGCGUCAACGGGUCCCUGGCAUGCCCAGACCUUGCGUGCCCACUCUUGGGGCCGUGGUCAGCCUGGAGCAGGUGCUCAGCUGUCUGUGGUGGGGGCAUCAAGGAACGCCGUCGGAGCUGCAUGGGGCAUCCUGGGGCAGCACCAUGCCACGCCCAGGACACAGAGCAACAGCAAGAGUGUAACCUGCAGCGCUGCCCUGAGUGCCCCCCCGGGCAGGUGCUCAGCACCUGUGCUACCUCCUGCCCAAGGCUCUGCUUGCACCUGCAGCCGGGCACCGUCUGUGUGGAGGAACCCUGCCAGCCUGGAUGUGGCUGCCCUGAAGGGCAGCUGCUGCACAAUGGCACAUGCGUGCCCCCUGCCACCUGCCCCUGCACCCAGCGCUCCCUGCCCUGGGGCCUCAGCCUGACCCCUGAAGAGCUGGCUCAGGAGCUGCCCCCAGGGACUGUGCUCACCCAGAACUGCACCCACUGUGUCUGCCAACAUGGUACCUUCAACUGCUCCCUCGCUGACUGCCCGGAGUGUCCCCCUGGGGAAAAGUGGCAGCAGGUAUCCCCGGGGGAGCAGGGGCGCUGCGAGCGGACAUGCCAGGAGACAAAUGCCACAGAGGCUCAGAGCAACUGCAGUGUGCCACAGGCUCCGGGCUGCGUGUGCCAGCAAGGACACUUCCGGAGCCAGGCAGGCUCCUGCGUCCCUGCAGAGCUCUGCGAGUGCUGGCAUCUCGGGCGUCCCCACUUGCCCGGGUCCGAGUGGCAGGAGGGCUGUGACAGCUGUCGCUGUCUGAGAGGGACAAGUGUCUGUGCCCAGCUCUGCCCUCGCCUCACCUGUGCUCAGGGUGAGACGCUGGUGCAGGAGCCAGGGAGCUGUUGUCCCAUUUGCAGGCAGGAGACUCUCGAGGAGAAGCCGGCCUCCUGCCAGCACCUCACUGAGCUUCGCAACCUUACCAAGGGGCCCUGCCACCUGGACCAGGUAGAAGUGAGCUACUGCAGUGGGCACUGCCUGUCCAGCACCAAUGUCAUGGCUGAGGAGCCGUACCUCCAGAGCCAGUGUGACUGCUGCAGCUACCGCCUGGACCCGGACAGCCCCGUAAGGAUCCUGCACCUGCGCUGUACCGACGGCAGCACGGAGCCCGCGGUGCUGCCUGUGAUCCACAGCUGCCAGUGCAGCCCUUGCCAGGGAGGUGAUUUCUCAAAGCACUGACAGGCUCCGCUGGAUGUGUCCAUUGCUGUCCUUCUGUGAUCAUAAGGUUCUUCGCACUAAUCGGCUCCUUCAGUACCCGACCCGAGACCCAUGCCUGGCAUUAGAUGUCCCAAAUAAAGUGACUGAGCCAC